AUGGCCGAAGAGCUUCGGGCUCUUCAGGAUAAUCAUAUAUGGGAUGUUGUCCCUUGUCCUGCUAAGAUUAUUAAGUUUUGUCAAAUAACUGAUCACAAGGGUGAGACGAUUGGGAAGGCCUUAAAGGCCACAAUAAAGCAGUGGGGGUUGCCAUGGGUUUUGACAGUUUCGGUUGAUAAUGCCUUGUCAAAUGAUGUAGCCUUGGGAUAUCUGAAGACAUAUCUUAGAGAGGCAAAUAAGACAUUCUUGGGUGGUGAAUAUUUGCAUGUUAGAUAUGUUGCACAUAUCGUGAAUAUAAUUGUGACUAAGGAGUUGAAAGAUGUUGAUGACUCGGUUGUACAAGUUAGAAUGGCUGUGAAUUUGCGAAGAUUGUGGAUAACAUCAAAGAAAGGUUUUUGUACUGAUGUUCCUACCAGGUGGAACUCAACCUUCUUGAUGUUGGAGGCGGCCCAAGAAUAUAAAGCAGCCUUUCAAUUAUUCGGUGAUGAAGACAUUCAAUAUGUCAAAUACUUUGAUGAGCACGAGGGAUUAGAAAAGCCUAAUGAUGAUGAUUGGGAGUUAUCUGGUUUUUUGUACCCUACAUCCUAUGAGUUUUGUCAACAAAUAUGUAGAGUGAAAGAAGAAUUAGACGACAUGUGCAUGUUAUAUGGUUUGGAACUUGCACACGAUCAUGUAUGGGCUGAUCUUAUUGGUGAUAUGGCCCAAGAUACCCUAGCUAAAUUGUAUGAGGAAUUUAAUGCAAUUAAAGAUCGUACUGCAUCCACUAUACCUACAACUACUCCAAUGCCUUCUCCAGACACCAGGCUAACAAAGAAGCAUAGAUUGGCAUGGACUAAGACCCUCACAUAG